AUGUCGCGGUGCACGUACACCGGGCGGGUGGCUGCUGCGCCUCUUCCUUUCUUCUGUCUUUGUUUGUGUCUUUGUUUAUCUCUAUUCUCUUUUAUUGCAUCUGGAGAGACAGUAGAUGCUGCAGUAGAGGCAAACGGAGACAGUCAAACAGGUAUCAGAGAUAUAAAAGAUAAUGCUGAGGCCCUUGAUGCUCUAGAGGGCUGGCUAGCGAGCGAAGAGGAGACUGAAGCAGCAGCACCAGCAGCAGCAGCAGCUACAAACCAGUAUGAGUCUCUGCAGCAGCAGCAGCAGGAAACUCUUUCGCUGCUGCAAGCGGAGACACAGACAGAUGCUGACGCCCCGAACAGCAGCAGCAGCAGCAGCAGCAGCAGCAGCAGCAGCAGCGAGGAGGAGGAUGAAAAUGUAGAGGGUGGCAGCUUCCUUGAAGACAAGGAGAGAGAAGAAGAAGAAGAGACAGAAGAAGAGACAGAUGAAGAGACAGAUGAUGAUGCUGCUGCAGCAGCAGCAGAGGAGACACCAGAAGAUGCAGAGACACCUGCAAGCUUGUAUCAGAUGCAUGAAGAAGCAAAUGUUGUAGACGAGGAAGCAGAUGCAGCAGCAGCAGCAGAAGAGGAGGAGGACGAACAGGAAGGGGGACAGGAGACAGAAGCAGAGACACAAGACCCCUACAGCAGCUACUCUUAUCUUGAACAAAACGAAGACAGCAGCAACAUCAGAGAGACACAAGAAGAUGAAGAUCAGGAAGAAGAAGAAGAAGCAGAUGCAGCAGCAGCAGCAGCACCAGGCUUCCUAGAGAAGACAGAAGAAGCAGCAGAAGAAGAUGAAGAAGAAGAAGAAGAAGAAGAAGAAGGUGACGAAGAAGAUGCAGCAGCAACAGGCUUCCUAGAGGAGACAGAAGAAGCAACAGAAGCAGAAGCAGCAGCAGCAGAAGAUGAAGUAGAAGAAGAAGAAGAAGGAGACGAGGAAGAUGCAGCAGCAACAGGCUUUCUAGAGGAGACAGAAGAAGCAACAGCAGAAGAUGAAGAUGAUGAAGAAGGAGACGAAGAUGAAGACCAAGAAGCAGAGACUGCCUUCUUAGAGGAGACAGAUGAGGAGAUAGAUGCAGAGACAGAUGCGGAGACAGAUGAGGAGACACCUGAUGAAGAGAUGGCGGGCUCGUUCUUGCAGCUAGGAGCAGAACAUAGAAGCAUUAAAAUGCAUGACUACGGCAGCAACAGCAGCAGCAGCAGCAGCAGCAAGCGAAAAACAGCAGCACACAUGCAAACUCCGACUGUCCCCUUCCCGUCUCCUUCCUUCUUGGGGCCCUCAGAUCAAACAGAAGCAGAAAACCAAAUGCUAGAAGAAGCAGGAGGGGGUGAUGUCGCCGGUGUGGAGGAGGAGACAGCAGAAGCAAGAACGGAGACUCCAGCAGCAGCAGCAGCAGCAGAAGCAGCAGCAGCAGAGGCAUCACCAGAUGCAGCAGAAGCAGCAGAAGAAGAAUAUAGAGGGCCUGCAGAUCCUUUGCUUAAGUAUGGUGGCUCUGCACAUGAUGAUAUCAUAGAGACGCAGGAAGGAGACAGAGAUUUGCUGCCAGCAGCAGGAGAGGAAGGAGGAGCAGCAGAUGCUGCAGCAGCAGCAGCAGCAGCAGAAGAAGAUAAUCUAGAAGCACAAGCAGAAGCAGCAGGAAAUGCACAAGAAGAAAUGCCUCUACCUACUGAAGAAGAGCUGGCUAAAGAUCUGCAAAACUCUUUUCCUAAACUGAAGGAGACACAGCCGCAUGCUGUGCAGGGGCGCCACGUUGAACAAGACAUCAGAAUGACAGAGGCUCUAAGGACUGAAGCUAAAGCAGCAAAGCCAAACAGCGCAGCAGCAGCAAGUACAGCGGGUGUCUCUGCUGCUGUUUUGCUGUCUUUGUUUGUCGUUCCUCUCUUCUUUUAA